GCUCCCCCUCGGGCCGCUGAGCCUCACUGCGCACGCGCGGGCGCCUGCUCGCGUGGUCCCGGGGCAACUGCGUAGCUGGCGGGGUGGGCGCGCGGAGGGUGUGGGAUGGGCGCCGCCGAGGCCGACCGCUGGGCGUGGCUGCUAGUGCUCAGCUUCGUGUUUGGGUGCAAUGUCCUUCGGAUCCUCCUCCCGUCCUUCUCCUCCUUUAUGUCCCGGGUGCUGCAGAAGGACGCAGAGCAGGAGGCGCAGAUGCGGGCUGAGAUCCAGGACAUGAAGCAGGAGCUGGCCACGGUCAACAUGAUGGACGAGUUCGCCAGAUACGCCCGCCUGGAGAGGAAGAUCAACAAGAUGACGGACAAGCUCAAGACGCACGUGAAAGCGCGGACGGCCCAGUUAGCCAAGAUAAAGUGGGUUAUAAGUGUGGCUUUCUACAUCCUGCAGGCUGCCUUGAUGAUCUCGCUCAUCUGGAAGUACUAUUCUGUCCCAGUGGCUGUGGUGCCAAGCAAAUGGAUAACCCCGCUAGACCGCCUGGUGGCCUUUCCUACCCGAGUGGCAGGUGGCGUUGGAAUCACCUGUUGGAUUUUGGUCUGUAACAAAGUGGUGGCUAUCGUACUCCAUCCUUUCAGCUGAAAAGGAAAGUGAAUCCGGGUACGAGACCUUCACAAUGGUUUUCUCUUGGGUUAAAAACCCAGUUGGCACUUUUUUUAAACAAAAGUAUGCAGGCUCGUUUUUCUGUUCGUUUGUUCUUGUAAUUUAUGUGAGAUUCUCACAAGAAUUAACAUUUUCUAUACCUGUCAUGGGGCCAGAAAGCCUCGCUUAUGACAUGCGUGUACUGACCAGCAUCACGCCAGGUUUGUAAUAAAUGUGAAACCUCGUAUGGAGUUUACAUGCUGAUUGGCACUGUUGGUGUAUUUUGAUCUCAACUGGAAAGUCAAAAUUUUCUACAAGACAAUGCUAUUUUUAGUUCAGUUUAGAAAGUAACAAUUUUAAUACCACUGUAGUCUUACCUUGCUCUGAAACUUAGUGAAUUUAAUGCUUGAUGCUUUUUGUUGCAAGAACUUUGUCCAGGACCGGUUGGUUGUUGGGUACGCGACACGAGCUCAGGCUCCUUGGUGUGACCCGCUGCGGCUUCCAGCCAGAACAGCUGGUUUGGUGCUUGUCCUUUUUGGUUCUUGUGCCUCCCAGAACCAGUUAAUGAUCAGGACCAAGGUACUACCGUACUAGAAUUUGACAGUUUGUUUUUUAAUCUCACAUAGUUCAUCUGGAAGAACAACACUAAUGGGCAUCGUUUGUGCUUUCUUUUCUGUUUAAAAUGUCGUCUGCUAGACAAGCAUUUGUAUAGUGUGUGCUAUUUACUUGUUUGAAGGUAUUAAUUUUUCCUUACAAUGUUUUAUGAACACACUUAUAAGACCAUGUUUUGUGCUCAGAUGGUGUUUUGUAUUUCAGCCAUUUCAAAUGAAGUGUACUUUAUAAGCAUUUACUGUUUGUGGUCUAUAGAAAAAAGCAAAGUGGAAGGUCUGAUUAAAUUCACCCGAACUGAUACUUGUUUGGGCUGUAAGUAUAAUUCUGCUAAACUUAUUUUCUGAAGCACUUUUUCUAAUUAAAGUGUUUGCAGGCG